AUGAUGUCUACUAUUUCUGUUGCCAAAAAUGGUCUCUUGAAAAAUCAUAAAUCAUAUGUCAAUCAUUGUCAAAAUAUGAAAAAUGAAGUGAAAAAAUUAUUAACAUUUCAUCCUAAAGAAUGGAUUAGUGCAUUUCGAUCAAAUCCAGGAUAUCCUUUAUUCGUACGUGGUGAUAUUGAUGGUUUUGUUGCAUUAUUUAUUAAUAAUUUAUCAACAUUAUUAGCAAUAAUCUUAAGUUUACAACCCAUUUUAGGAGAUAAAAUUGUUUAUGGUAAGAUUCUACCUGGAACUGGAUUAGCCAUGUUAUGGGGUAAUUUUUAUUAUGUUUAUAUGGCUCGAAAACUUGCGUUUAAAGAAAAACGUGAUAAUGUAUGUGUUAUGCCUUAUGGCAUUUGUACUCCGGGUGCAUUUGCUUUUAUUUAUGUCAUUAUAUCACCUACUUAUUAUGGAUGUAUAUCUAAACAUGAUAAAGCUUACUGUCAAGAAUUAGCAUGGUAUGUGGCUUUAGCCAGUAAUUUUAUUACUAGUAUUGUUCUCUUGCUACUUUGUGUAUUUGGUGAAUUCAUUCGAAAGAAUACGCCAAGUGUCGCACUGCUGUCUUCCAUAUCUGGUAUUGGAUAUGCUAUUUUAGCAUUGAACGAAUAUCUACCAAUGGCUGAAACGCCAAUAGUAGGUUUUAUUCCGUUUACAAUAGUAAUGCUUGGAUAUUUUGGUGGGGUUACAUAUGGUCCCGUACCAAUUGCUUUCGUUGCUCUAGUAACAGGUACAAUUCUCGGCUGGGCUACUUCACUUAAUCAAGGCUCAGCAGUACGUGAAGCAGUUCAUCUUUUAAAAUUCUAUGCACCAGUUUUUCCUAUUAAACAAAUGUUUCAACAUAUUAAUACUAUUCGUUUCUAUCUUUCAACAACAAUUCCAACAGCUAUUGUGAUUGCUAUUGGAACAAUACAAUGUGUUGAAUCAGCUAAACGAGCUGGAGAUUUUUAUCCUACUCAUGAAGCCAUGUUUGUUGAUGGUAUUGGAACAUUAAUUGCUACUUGUUGUGGUUCAAUUUUCAGUAUGACAGCUUAUAUCGGUCAUCCAGCAAUGAAAAAGAUGGGCGCAAGACAAGCAUAUUCAGUAAUGAAUGGUCUUAGUUAUUUACCAUUAUGUUUUCUUGGUAUUAGUGGUCUACUCAUAUCUGUAAUUGCAGUUGUAGCAAUAAAUCCAGUUGUGAUUUUUAUUGGUUUAGUUAUAUGUUCUGAUACAUUAGCAACUACACCUCAACGUCAUUAUCCUGCUUUUCUUUUUGGUAUAAUGCCAAUUAUAGCUGAUUGGGCUAAAGGUACAAUUAUAAAUGGUGUGUCUAAUGCUUAUCUGAAUUUUACUCUACCUAAUGUUCAAUUUUCAUCUAAUGUUAGUUCUUUCGUAACUGCUUUCUCAUAUCGUGGUUUGGCUAACUUUGCUGGUGGUUCAUUAUUACAAAGCGUUUUUCUCACUGCUAUUUUAAUGUAUAUGAUCGAUCGAAAAUUUCUCAGAGCUACAAUAUGGUCGCUUCUUGCAGGUUUCCUUUCAUUAUUUGGUUUAAUCAAUGCAAGUAAUGUAGGUGUAUUGGUAAAGAAUAGCGAUGAUGGCUGGCGAUUUACUGUAGCGUAUACUAUGUUAGCUGUUUUUUUCUUAUUAUUAGAAAUAGUACAAAGAAAACAUUGGAUAAAAGGACAAGAAAAAGAACCUGAUGAUUUGUCAAGUUUUGAAUGGGCUGAAUGGAAAAGAGAACAAACAUUGGAAGAACCAAUAACAGACGAUAAUAUACAACUAAACUUAUGA